UCCAAUCACUUCAAACUGAGACACCCACGCUAGAGAAAGCCCCCGCCCGUCUGGCGGGGAAGAGCGGGACCGCGGAAUUAAUCAGGAUAGGGGGCUCCAGGGUUGAGCGCGGAGCGUUAACCCUUCCGGCCCCAGAGGUGACAGUGGGGUGGAAGAGCGCAGCCAGCACCGCCACAAUGCCCACUGCGGCCCCGCGCAGGCGGCUUCUGCCCUCCGGGCGGCUCGGGACGCCGCGCGCCAGGCCCAGCAGGCUGGGCGCCCGGGGGUGACUGCAGCUGCUCCAGAGGCCGCUCCAGCCGCGAGGGGCGGCAGCCUCCCGCAGCCUCGGCGCACCGGAGCUCCUCCUUCCGCCGGAGCGAGGCUGAGCUAGGGCUGCUACGGUCGCAGGUGGUGGAGUGCGGGAAGCGCGCGGGACCGAGCCCAGCGCCCGGGGAGGGGCGCGGACCCUAGGACAGACGGGUCCCCUAGCCCCCCGCCCGGACAAGGAGCGGCGACGCGCGCGGGCCAUGUGGGGGCCGGGGGUCACGGCCGAGGGCCUGCCGGUGGCACCCGCGCUGCUACUCGCGCUGGUGGCGCUGGUGGCGCCCUCGCGGGGCGGCGGGAGCUGUGCGGAGCUGGCAUGCGGCGAGCGGGAGCGCUGCUGCGACGCAGCUAACGCCACGGCCGUGCGCUGCUGCAAGCUGCCCCUGCACGCCUUCCUCGACAACGUGGGCUGGUUCGUCCGCAAGCUCUCGGGGCUGUUGAUCCUGCUGGUGCUCUUCGCCAUCGGCUACUUCCUGCAGCGUAUCAUCUGCCCCAGUCCACGCAGGUACCCGCGCGCCGCGGGCUCGCAGGACUCGCUGCUGGACAGCGGUGGCCGGGGCCGGGGUGGCGCUCGCGCGGUCCCCGCCAGCGCUUUGGAACACGAGCUGCGAGUAGUCUCCCCGGUGUUCCUGCAGCUGCCCAGCUACGAGGAGGUGAAGUACCUGCCCACCUACGAGGAGUCCAUGCGGCUGCAGCAGCUCAGCCCCGGAGAGGUCGUGCUGCCCGUUUCGGUGCUGGGCGUCCCGGAGCCCGACGGCGAGGGACGAUUCCCGCUCAUAUGAGCUAGCUGCAGAGCGUUCGAGGACCGCGCGGACUGGGCGGACUGUGGGCGCCCGCUGCAGACGCCAACUGCCUAGAACCUGCCGGGUACACCGGCCUACUCGCUUGUGGCCGGUGGACUGGACUAGGAUCACCCUCAACCCUCUCUUCCGCGGGACCUGAAGUUUGUCCACAUUUCAUUAGGUUCAGGAGGACGCUGGGCACGAGCGGUGGCUGUGGGGACCGAGCGCGAGCGCAUCUCAGUAGGAUACCUACCCCGUCCCAGUCUGGGCUAGGGCUGUGCUCACUUCAAGUGCCUGUGUCCCGAAUCCUAACGCUUGAGCCUUGAGUGCUUGGGAGGAGGGGGAGGGAGGCUGUACCACUAGGUUCCUUCUCCCCUGGACAAGUCGGGAUCUUCCAAGGGGUCGGGGAGCCGCCCGGCGAGUGCACCGGGACACAGCGGCGCGGCUGGGAGCACCUGGCUACCACCGAAGCCCCUCCUUGAGGAGAAGCCCCCAAACCCUUUGUUGUCUACCUAGUCUGCAUAGGCACAGCUGAGGGGUCACACUUGGUGGGGUGGGGUGGGGGGACGACCGUGGUUUCCGGUAGUGACUGUACCUACUCAAGAUUAGCAAUUACGUAUCUCCAAGACGGUGUUUAUAACAAGGUACAAUUGAACUUUUGAUUUUUCGGUAACUGAGAAGAUAUUUAUAUUUAUUUGGCUUUUAUUUUUAUAGUUCUACCAUGUAUUGAACGCUUCAGGAUAGUAUUUCUGCAGCUGAUAACAAGAUAAUCUUUACCGCCUUCAUUUAGGUCAGGAAAUUCUCCACACUUUGUUACAAUUAAAUAAAAUGCUGGACAUUAUUUUAUUUAAAAUGGGGUAAAAAGAAGCAUGGUCAAAUGAGAAAACAUGUGACAAAAACAUGAAGGAUAUCUUAUUUUCACUAUUUGAGAAGAAUAUAUUUUAUUUUUAGUACUGUGGCAUAAUAUAUAACCUUUUAUAUUAACCAUACAUGGUGUAAUCUGUGUCUUCAUUAUAUCAUUCACUACAUAUUAUAUGUAAAAAGUGACUGAUACAUGUAUGCAUCCACAUGAAGCAUGAUGCUAUGCACUUCCCCCUUCAUUAUGCCUUUGGAAUCCAUUCCACCACAUGAUACAAGCCUAAGAACUUGAUGUGACCUCUAACUUUUGUUUAAAGCCAUAUUUGUGCUUUGAGGUACCACAGGAGUCAGUCAACCUAUCUUAAGAAAAAAAUAAGUGUCACUGUAUCAGUUCUAAAAUUCUAUGAACCCUCUUUAAAGUGAAUGGUGGUAUGAAAUAUCUUAAAAUGCUUUGUGUAUACUGUAUUAGCCAGUCCUUUAUGUACAACAUGCAUAUUACAUACCAUUCUAAUGAACACAGUUUAUGGUUCUUAUGAAAGGAAAGGAGCUUUCUGUGCUUGGAGAACGAUGAGUGUUAAAUUAAGAGAGCUUAUACACUUGGACCUCACACAUGUGUAGAGAAACAUUGUUCUUUUGAUUGAAAAUCCUCAAAAAUCUUAAACUAUCUGAAUUGUAUUAGAAGAAAAUGAUUUGGUGGCUUUAAAGUUUUUCAAGCUGUUUGAAAAAGGUUGACAGUUCUCAGAAUCUUAAAGUGUCUGAAUUGUAAUAAAAUAGCUUGGUCUAAACUAAAAGCUAAUGACCUUGUCAUAAAGAAAAAAUCAUUUGAAGUGUAUUAAAACAGAAAAACAUGAAAAUCUUUCUCUGUACAAAUUGUAUCGAUGUGUGACUGGAUGGUAGGAUAUUAAAAUAUGAAAUGUG